AUGCCGUCUCACCUGGAGGAGGAUAUUCCUCCGCCGCCGUACAGCGAAACAGACCUAUUCUCGGCGUCCGGACAGGACGCGCAAGUGGCUGACGACACGUCUCGGUCCACUCCGUCGAGCAACGGGGAUGUCAUUUAUACCCCUCCCCUCACACCACGGAGCUCUCAGCACUCCCACUCCCACUCAUACCCUCACGGCGACCCCGGCAACUUGUCAACAUUCUCAUCAGCGGCUUCUUACUUUGCAACUCGCCCAUCACCUCUACACCCGCUCAACCAACCAUUCCUCGUCCACUCCAUCACCCUCACUUCGACCUCGACCCCGGACACUCUACCGUACCCAAGUGAGCUUGCUACCCGAGACGUCCGGCUCGAAGACUGGCAGACCUUUAUCAACUACCUCUUACCCCACCACGCGGCAACGGCGAACGACCAGAUCAUCGACCGCAAACUGCGAGCCGAAGAAGCCAUGACGGCCACCAACACCAACUCCAACUCUAACAACGACGAUGCCCGGUCCCAGUCCUCAGGCCGGAGCCACGCCGAGGUUCAUCUGAACAGUAUCCGCUCGCCCAUCGAUGCGGACGACAACAACCAGCCCCCACCGGCUUACCACCGGCCUAGUGUCGAGAACACCGUGCGGGACUGGAACAACGGCUUUUUCACCCCGCGGCGGGUCACUAUCCAGGUAGACUUGGAUCCGAGUGCCGCUGGUGGAAACAACAGCAACAACAACAGCAAUGUUCACAUCGGCGUGAACGAGGCCCAGCCCCAAACAUACCCUUCAGAGAAGAGUCCGAUGCCAGGCGCCUGGGAUGCCUCGUUUGACCAACCCCCCGCGGGCAACCCGAACCAGAACCAGAACCAGAACCAGGAUCAAGACCGCAGCGCCAACGACGCCCCUCGUCGUCCGCUGGGCUUCGGCUUCCUCUCCCAUUUUGCCAACCGCGGGAACUCGGACCCCAACAACAACAACAACAACACCAACAACCGAGACGCCCCUGGAAGCGGAAGCAGCUUCCGCUUCGGCGGUAUCAACAUCAGCGAAGACCUCGUCAGCAUCGGCAAUGCAUUCGUCGCCGACGGCCGCACGGGGUCUCUCAAGAUCGGUGGGAUUGUGGCUGAUAAUACUGGGAUCCGUAUCCGUGGUCAGCCGCUGUUUGGUACGGGUGUUACGAACCCUGAUGCUGCUGCUGCGGGUGAAAAGGGCCCUGGCGCUGGUGCUGGUGCUGGUGCCACCUCGCGUGGUCCGCCCGGGUGGGGGUCGAUGGGAGGAGGUCCAAGAUUUGGAGGGUGGGGUGGUUGGGGCGGUUGGGGGAAUACUGGUAUUGGUGCUGGUGGUGCUUGUGAUCGCCGUGGUGGUCGAGGUGGUGGUUGGGGACGGGGAGGUCCAUGGGGUAGAGGUGGAUGGGGAGGACCGGGUGGGCGAUGGUGGAAUCAGGGGCCGGGCAGCGGGUGUGGUGAUGGGGCAGACGAUCACCACGGUCACGAUCACGACCACGACCACCACGGCCACGGCCGCCACGGUCAUGGUCACGAUCACGGUCAUGGUCAUGGCCACGGCCGCGGCCGGAGAGGUCGGCGCGGAAGCCGAGACCACCACCACCACGGAUCCCGCUCCCGGUCCAGCUCCGCAUCCAGCGUCAGCUCCCGGUCCUCCGUCAGCUCCGAGUCCUCAAUCGGCUCGCUCCCCGACUACGACGACCUCAAAGACUCCCAGCUGCCCGUGGCCAAGCACAUCCUCCAAGACACUUUACACCAUCCAGACCAGCACAUCACCAAGGAGCGAGUCAAGCAAAUCAAAGAGCAAAUCAAAGCCGCCAAGCAAGGCCCCUCCGUCACGGCCACGGGCGCCCCAGCACUCGACAGGAACGCCCUGCGCCGCGAGGUGAAGGACCUCCUCCGCGACUGGAAGCAGCUCAAGCGCGACCAGAAACGGGCGCGCAAGCACCUAAAGCGCGAGUACAAGCAACGCCGGAAGCAAGAGAAGCGUGAGCGGCGACAAAUCAAGCGGGAGCUGAAACGUGCGGCCCGCGACGUACGCCGGGAGGCCCGUCGUGGCGGUCCCACCAUCCCGGCCAUGCCGGCUAUGCCCCCUAUGCCCCCUAUGCCCCCCAUGCCGCCUAUGCCUCACCACCCUGCGGCGUCUCAUCAUCAUAACACCAACAUCCCCAACAUGCCGCCCAUGCCACCCAUGCCUCCCAUGCCCCCGAUGCCCUUCAACCCCUGGGCUGGCUCAGCCGCAGGGGCACGGGACUUGCACUCGGGCGGCCCGGGCGCCUGGCCGGGAUCGUACCACGACGAUCCGGACCAUGAGCAUGGGCACCACGAGCAUGACCAUAAGGGCAGUGGCCACGACGAAGGUAUCGCCCCCAGCAGCUCGGUCACCGUCGACGGGCACGACCACGACCAUGACCACGCGUACGCGGCUUCACAGGCUAAAUACCAAGCCGCGUGGGAAUUGGAAUCCCGCAUCGUGGAGAAAGAGGCGGAGCUCGUACAUUUGCACGAGAGGAUUGCGGGUGACUAUAACUCUUACAGUGGUACCACUGGGACUAGAGGACUCGGUGGGGAUGAGAAAGAAAAGGAGAAGGGACAGGGCUCGGGGAGUAACCCGAAGAUGGAGGCUGAGGCGGCGGCGGUGGAGAAAGAGAUUGAGGAGUUGGGGUUGGCGAUGGAGAGGUUGAGGACGGAGGCGGAUGCGGAGUUUGCGAGGGAGUUGGCUGAGGAGGAGGAACGGGCUUUGGGGAGGUAG